UUGCCAGCGGAACGCCGAGGCGCCUCGCCCAUUGGUGGAGACGGUUGCGCGUUGGAGGCCCGAGCGGCCCGGCCCGCUCCGUGUCAGUCAGUCAUGGAGCAGCCUCCCAGAGCCGCGGCCGCGGGGGCGGCGGGGCGCGGGGCGCGGGGGCCCGGCUGAGCCGGCAGUCCAAGCUCGAGCCUGCGGCAGAGACGACGGAGGCGGAAGCGACCGGAUCACGGAGGGAGCCGCGGCGGGAGGAGCCGGAGCCGCCUGGGAUGUUCAGUCAUGAAACGAGUGCGCACCGAGCAGAUUCAGAUGGCAGUGUCCUGCUACCUCAAACGCCGGCAAUACGUGGACUCGGACGGUCCCCUCAAGCAAGGACUGCGGCUUUCACAGACUGCUGAAGAGAUGGCAGCCAAUCUCACAGUCCAAUCAGAAUCUGGUUGUGCCAACAUAGUGUCUGCAGCCCCUUGCCAGGCAGAGCCGCAACAAUAUGAAGUACAGUUUGGACGACUGAGGAAUUUUCUCACUGAUUCUGACUCCCAACAUAGCCACGAAGUUAUGCCUCUCCUCUAUCCUCUCUUUGUCUACCUCCAUCUAAACCUGGUCCAGAACAGUCCGAAAAGCACAGUGGAAAGUUUUUACAGCCGCUUCCAUGGAAUGUUUCUACAGAAUGCUAGCCAGAAGGAUGUCAUUGAGCAGCUACAGACCACUCAAACCAUCCAGGACAUCCUGUCUAACUUCAAGCUUCGAGCAUUCCUAGAUAACAAAUAUGUGGUCCGUCUCCAAGAAGACAGCUACAACUACCUUAUCCGCUACCUCCAAAGUGACAACAACACCGCUCUGUGCAAAGUCCUCACCUUGCAUAUCCAUCUUGACGUGCAGCCCGCCAAGAGAACAGACUACCAGCUGUAUGCCAGUGGCAGUUCCUCACGAAGUGAUGGCAAUGGCUUAGAGCCCACUGACAUGCCUGCCCCCAUUCUUCAGAACGAGGCUGCCCUGGAAGUCUUGCAGGAGAGCAUUAAGCGUGUCAAGGAUGGCCCUCCCUCCCUUACCACCAUCUGUUUCUAUGCCUUCUAUAAUACAGAACAGCUGUUGAACACUGCAGAAAUCUCCCCAGACAGCAAGUUGCUUGCUGCUGGGUUUGACAACUCCUGUAUUAAACUGUGGAGUUUACGAUCCAGGAAGUUAAAAUCAGAACCCCAUCAAGUUGACGUUUCCCGCAUUCACUUGGCUUGUGAUAUUUUGGAGGAGGAGGAUGAUGAGGAUGAUAAUGCAGGCACAGAAAUGAAGAUACUACGGGGGCACUGUGGACCAGUGUACAGCACAAGGUUCCUCGCAGACAGCUCAGGGUUGCUCUCUUGCUCAGAAGACAUGUCCAUUAGGUACUGGGACCUUGGGAGUUUCACCAACACUGUGUUGUACCAAGGACAUGCCUACCCUGUGUGGGACCUGGACAUUAGCCCGUACAGCCUGUACUUCGCCAGUGGUUCUCAUGACCGCACUGCAAGGCUCUGGUCAUUUGAUCGGACGUACCCUCUGAGAAUAUACGCAGGACACCUGGCAGAUGUGGACUGCGUCAAAUUCCACCCUAAUUCAAACUACUUAGCUACAGGCUCUACUGACAAAACUGUUCGACUGUGGAGUGCUCAGCAGGGGAACUCAGUGAGGCUCUUCACAGGCCACCGCGGCCCUGUGCUCUCUCUUGCCUUCUCUCCCAAUGGUAAGUACUUGGCGUCCGCUGGCGAGGACCAGCGUUUGAAGCUAUGGGACUUGGCAUCUGGGACCCUUUACAAAGAACUGAGAGGCCACACAGACAAUAUUACGAGCCUCACCUUCAGUCCAGACAGUAGCCUGAUUGCCUCUGCAUCCAUGGACAACUCCGUGCGCGUCUGGGACAUUAGAAACACAUACUGCAGCGCACCUACUGACGGCUCCUCCAGCGAACUUGUGGGUGUGUAUACUGGGCAGAUGAGCAAUGUACUGAGUGUGCAGUUCAUGGCCUGUAACCUCCUUCUAGUGACGGGAAUCACACAAGAAAAUCAGGAACAUUAAUUUUUUUUUAAUCUUCAUUUUAAUGAAAUGGGGCUUUGGUAGGCCUCCAGAUUUCGUCUUAGGACAGACUGAGAUUGAAUCACUGGCUGACUGUGAAAGACUUCCCCACUUCUCCUCCUACUGUGCAACCAUUCUGAGCACACCACCCCUUCACCCUGCCCCCCUAACCCCAGAUGGACUGGGGUGUGAGGGGAAGGGAAUUUUAAGUGGGCAUGAGAUCAAUUAGAUGCUCUGGAGGUCACGUUGCAAGUUCUUAGAAAGAUCCCACUGUCAUCAUGCAAGCGCCUUGUCUCUGUCUCAUUUCCCCUUUGUAAAAUCAAGAUGCUGCUUACCUUCUCUGGUACUGCAUUUGGUCUGAGGUUUGUGGCAGAGCAUUCUUGGAAAAAGCAGUGCAACAGGGUCAGACAAGCAUCAGUUACUUGGGUGGAAGGGAAGCCUUGCUGGCAUAGGAAUGUGGGGUGGGAACUAGGAGAGGGGGUAGGGACAAUCUGCCCUCCCACCUCACCUCAAAAAAAAAAAAAACACUUUCCUUUUUUUGUAAUUACAGAGAACCAGGAUUUUUUAAAAUAAUUGUUAUUAUAAUUAUUAUUAUUUAGAAAAGGAAAGCUAGCACUGGCAGAGGGUGCCUUCUCUGCUCUUAUCUUUCAGGUUUGACUCCUGGCAUGAGCUGUGACACUUGGAAUUUUGAGGUUCAGGGAAUUCAGAAAAUCUAGUAGCACAGUGUGUUAGGAGAAAGGGAAAACUUCUGGGAGAAAAACUGAGCACUCUAGCUGAUACGUUUCUAUAAAUGGGUGAAUGGAGUUGAAUGAGAAUGUCUUGGGCUCUUGCAGUGAUGGUGGGAAAAAAGAUUCUUUUCAUGGCUGCAUUUCUGUUAACAAUUUUCUCCCCUAAAAGGACAAAUUGUGAAAAGAAAUUAAAAUAAUUACAAGGGGUAGGUCACCAGAUAGAAAAUGUUGAAUUUCCAAAGUGAUACUUCACUCAAAUGUGUGGCUUUUUCAGUAUAUUUUUUUCUCUCAAUAUCAUCAGUUCCCACCUUCUGCAUUGCAAUAGCAGUUUAAUGAACACUUUGUGAAACAAAUUGUAAGUACAUACACAUGCACAUAAAAUGAUGCUUUGAGGAUAAAGCAAGUUCUAAUUUGUGGGAAAAGAAUUAAAUAUUUUUGUUUUCUGAAGAGAGUUAUUUUGUAUUUUGUUUUCUAUUAAAAAGUAUUUAGUUUCAAAAGAAAGUGCUGGCAUCUCGUUUAAACUGUGAGGACAGUCAGGUGUGUUGUCUGUUCAGGUGACAAGCAGCUCAGCUGAAUUCAGGUUUCUAGCCAGUUAUGAGGCCAGACUAGCCCCAGCAGAAGUAUUUUCUUGUCUGUUUCUAGACUCUGUUUAGCUUACUUUGAGUCAUGUUUCAUUUUAGCUCUCUUGGAUUAUUGAAAGCAUUUAAUGCUAUUUAUACAUCCAAAAUUGCCAACUGCUGGCCCAAUAUACCAUAUAUUUUACUAUCUGGAAUUAUUUGAUAAGAUCCUGUUUCCUAAAUUUCUUUAAACGAAUCUAGGAACAUAAGAACUAUGUUAUUUGAUUAAUUUAAACUUUUUAUUGAGCAAUUCCAGAUAAAGGACUCAUUCAAAGAUUAAAUGAUGCCAAAACUUCAUACUUUGAAACAUAACUUUCUGGUAAGGAUUCUAAAAAUUACCAGAAAAUGAAAUAGGAAGACUAUAGAAUUCUAUGCCAAGAUUUUUUUCACUUAUGGAAGAUGCUAUGAAAUGUUUUUUUAUUCAUAAAGGCUCAUAUAUUUGAUACAAUGUAAAAAAUCCAGCCGAUCAGACACUAUCAUCUUCUACUUGAUCUUCAGUAAAAUCUAAAAUUCAAAUGGGUUCUUAACUGUAAUAAAUGAAUUCUUAAAUUAUAUUGUGUCAUAUAUUACUACAAUGAUAUACCUAAAUCGGGCUGAAAGGCUCUCAGAUGUGAAAACAACACUGAUUCAAUGUGACUUGAAAAGGUUUUGUUUAUUAAUGAAUUUCUUUGAUUAUACACAAAAAUGUAUUGGGUUGGUCAGUUUUUACUAGUCAUGUAGAUACUUUGUGAUUUCAGUUCAAGCUCUUUAUUAUUUGUAUAUUUGGCCUUUUUUUUUUUUACUUUUGUGAACUAAUUUUAAUGUGGGGUAAUUUAUCUUUAUAAAUUGUCCCUCACAGCUUCCCCCAAAUCUUGGAAAUACUGUAAGAUGUAUGUAUGUAUGUUUAUAUCCACAAGGAUCUAUAAAAAUAUAAUUACACUCUUGCACUGUUUUAUCUUCAGAGCAAUCCUGUGAGGUGGACAGGACUAGUGAUGCUGCAGGUUUGUAGAUAAAAUAUGAACAGCCAAGAAAAGCCACAUUAUCUCUCCACACCCAAAAUGAAAUGAUCACAAGUCUUAGGCAUGUUAUAGAGAGGGUCUGUAUUCGGCAUCCUCAAGUUCCAGCUGCAAGGUGUAACUCUGAAGGUAGUAAAAAUUCAUAGUUCUCCCAAAGGAAAUAUAAAUGAAAAUUAUUUAACAAGUGUAUACAUAUAUAUUUACAUAUAUGUAUAUAUAGUGUUUAUUAUCUUCCAGCAGCCACAAAAGAAAAAAACAACUAUAUGAGACAUAUAUUUCCAUAACAACCCUAUGAGGGUGAGUUCCGUUUUUAUCCUCAUUUUAUAGAUAAGGAAUCCGAGGCACUGACGAUCUUGCCAAAGGUCAUGCACUAGUGAUCAGUAACCUGAAAUUUGAACCUGGGUCAUCUGAUUACAUCCAUACUAUUUUCCAUAUUGUCUCCAUUCACACAGUUCCAGGGAAAGGGUGAUCAGAGUUUAAGAGUAACUACAGGUUCUUGGCAAUAGUUAUAAAACUGAUGCUUCCUUUUGCCAAAUAAAUCGGUAAAAUAUGGGAUCAGGUGCUGGCAGUAAGAAGGAACUUAAUAUAUAGCUAAAAGAACCAGAAUAUUUAGUUACUUGGACCAUAAUAAAAAAUAUUCUCAUGUACAUAGAUGGGGGAAAGCAGUUCAAGCUUCUCAAGACUGAAAGAUUCAGAAGAUCUGAAUGUACUUUUAAUUUAGCAGUAGACUGACCAAAAUAAUGAAAAUUAGGAUAAAAGAAAGUAAUGAAUAAAAGUGCAACGGGAAAAAAUUUUUUAUAAUUUUUAUAUUCAAGAUUCAACUUCUAAGGAUAUCAUGAUUAUUUGCCUUUAUUUGUUUUAUUCAUGUAUUUAAAAUGUCUUGGUUAUAUAAAAAAUUUAUUGCAUAUUUAGGGUUCUAAUUUUUCUAUUGCUUAGAUUGGUAUUUAAGUAUAUGGAUUAAAAGAUUAGUCUGUACUUCAA